CGCCGCAUGCACUGCCCUGCCCGCCGGGCCCGGGCGCGGAGCCGCACUGCAGACUGGGCUGCACACGGCAGCAGCAAUGCUGCAGGUAAGGUGCGCCUGGGCCACAUCCUCCGACCCUGCUGUGCGCUGGAACACCACGUCCCAGCUCUAGCUGCCUCUCCUAGCGCUGAGCACGGCUGAUAUAACAUGGGGUGUGCCAGCGGCUGGCCGGGGGCUGCCCUUGCCCUCCUGCUGCUACCGCUGCUCAGCCUCCUGGCGCUCUGCUUGGCAGCACUGGAGGAACUGGACCCCGCCACUGAGAGGCAGCCGCGAACGGUGUGCACCCUGCAGGAGGGGGAGAGUCGCAUCUUCACCUGCUGGGUGCCCCGGCCAGCCCCCGGUGCCACGCUGGCCUGGUACCUCAACGGUCAGAAACAGGAAGUGAACCUCUCGACUGCAGACACUGCCAGCAUCCUCACCUUCACUGGCCAGCGCUCCGACCACCAGCUCAACUGCUCCCUGACCAUCCCGACCUCCAGUGAGAGCUACAACACCUCCAUCCUUCUCAAUGUGCAGUAUAAGCCAGAGAUCCUCCAGGAAGGUGCCCACUACCAGCAGGUUGAGGGCACUGGCCUUCUCCUGGUGCUCUUUGUGCUGGUGCAAGCCAACCCACCUGCCAGCAUCACCUGGAUGGACAAGCAUGGGCAUGUGAUGGCUAACACCUCCAAGUUUCUCCUUCUGGGUGCCACAAGCUACCCAGGACUGGCCAACCACUCACUCCACAUCCAUCUUAACUGCACAGCUGGAAACCUCUCCAUCAGUGCAGCCAACAGUGUGGGCAUCACCACUGCCUCCCUCCUGCCCACAGGUCUGCUGGAUGCCCGUGUGGAGCUGCCUGUCCUGGGAGUUGCCAUCGGAGCAGCCCUGGCCCUAUCUGCCCUGCUCAGCCUGGGCUCCUGCGCUGCCUGCCUGGCAUGUCGCUUGCCUGAGCUCAUGCGAGGUCCGGGGCAAGCAGGAGCCAGCCCGCGCAGCCAGUGCUCCCAGUGCAGCAGCUCUGGGCCCCCACAGCCCCAGGGCACACGUCUGCCCCGCCAGACCCGGUCCCUGCCACCCAACCUGCGCCUCGGUGACCUUGCACAGGAAGAGGGAGCUUCCCCCAAGGAUGCAGGAGCCAGUGCUAGGGGAGAAGAAAGCGCCCUGCUGGGACUGGAAAACUCCCUGGUCCGCAGCAAGCUUGGUUUUAUCCAGCUCCCGGCGUCUGGGCGCAUCUACAAAGUGCCCAGCAUGAGCAGUGAUGAGAUCUGGCUGUGAGCUGCAGCGUGGUGCCCGUGAGCCGGGGCUGUGCCAGAGCCGAGCAGCUGAGAGUGCCGUGGUGG